AUGGAGAAAGUGUUGACUCUGGUUAACCAUAGUGAUGGCUGGAAAAUCUUAUCGCAGUUGCAUGGGAAUCCGAAUGAUGAAGAUAAACCCUUUUGGCCCUAUGGCAAAUUCAAUUCCUUUUCGGUGAAAUCGGGAUAUUGGUUGGCUUCUGAUUUGAAAAGACGUUCUGAACCCUCGGCGUCAAAUUCCUCUCGGGAUUUAUGGAGGUGGAUUUGGGGGCUGGAUGUGAUUCCAAAGAUUAAGUUUUUCAUGUGGAAAUGCUUAGCGGAUGCUCUCCCAACCAGCUCUGCGUUAAGAGGAAGAUCAAUUGACAUUGAUCCGAUUUGCAGGAGAUGUGGAGAGUGUGACGAAGAUAUGGAACAUGCAUUACGGGAUUGUACAUGGACUCAAGCUCUUUGGGCGGUUUCCCCUCUUAGACUCCAACCGAUUCCGAUUGAUGAUAUAUGUACUAUUCCCGAGUGGUUUGAGCGGAUCCGGCGAUUACCCCAGAAGGAGAGUCAUGCGAUCUUUGCUUCCCUUGCUUGGUCCUCCUGGUAUGCUAGAAAUAUGUUGAUUUUCCAAGGUAAAAUGAUAAGCCAUGUUGAGUGUCUCCAAAUUGCCCAACGUGCUAGUUGGCCGAAGAAGAUUUGCUCGCCCACCAAUCAAAUGACGCCUCGUAAGAUUCUCUGCUUGAGGUCGGGUCAGCUGAAGAUCUCAUGUGACGCUGCUGUUGUGAACGAUGUUGGGAUUGGUGUGGAGGGUGUUUUGCAGAAUGGUGACGGUGAGAUCGUUGGGUGUCGCUAUGGAGCUAGGCGAGGAGUCUUCUCUUGCCUGGAGGGGGAAGCUUUGGCUGUUCUGGAGGGGCUGCGGCUGUGCACGGAGAAGGAGGUGGGGGAUGUGAUUGUGGAGACUGAUAGCCAGAUUCUGUAUUGGUGUUUGGUGAAGAGGGAGCCAGAUCUUUCCUAUCUUGGGGACACUCUUGAUGAGAUCUUUAGAGUGAUGGACUCGCUGCAUGAGGUUGCGCUCAGCUGGACUCCACGGGAGGGUAAUUAUAUAGCUGAUAGGCUUGCUAGUUUUGCACUUUCUAAUUUCUCGCCUUUUAUUUCCCAAGGGUCUCUUCCCUUUGUUCUGAACUCUUCCUCUACUGAGUAA